GAUGAACAAAAGAAAAAGGGGAUAGCUCUCAAAGCCACCAAGGAACCGGUGGAAGAGGCUUCAAGCGAUGACGACAAUGAAUUCGGGCUCGUCAUCAAAAAGUUCCACAAGUUCAUGAAGAAGGAAUUUGAGCGAAAGGGAAGGAAGCACGACGGUCCUCCCAAAUGCUACGGCUGUGGCGAGAUUGGCCACAUCAAGCUAAGGUGUCCAAAGGACAAACACGGCAAGGACAAGCCUGGCUUCAAGAAGCAAAGGGCCUACAUCUCUUGGGGUGGCGAUUCCGGCGACGAAUCAACCGACCAAGAGGAGGACGAAGCUGCAAAUCUCUGCCUCAUGGCACACGAAGAUCAAAGCGACGACGUCCAAGAG